AUGGCCCCGCUGUGUCGCACUUGUGGCCAGGAGGCGGAGCAUGCCAAGACACUCUUCGACAGGGAGGGCAGCAACGUCCUGUGCAACAUCCUUAAGCUGACAGGAAUUUGGUUCGGUAACCACCCCGGAGUGCCCACAAAGAUCUGCUUUUCCUGCGUGCUGGACCUCAACUCUGCCGUCGCCUUUCGGGAGCGUUGCAUCAAAACGAACAUCUCUUGGUUCAGCGAUCAGGAUAAACCAGAGCCUUUGGCCACUGACACUGCCGAUGAGAAGGAUAUUAGCAGAGAGAAACGCAGGGGUAAUAUUUUACCUCUCCCUGCACACAAGCUCUUUGGGCAGGGAAAGAUUAUACCAAUACGCAGCAAGAAACUGGAUACGAUUCCGACUAGGACCAUAGGCGACCAUACAUAUCCAUUGAACGCUCCUGAAUCCCCAUCGACUGAACUCGAGGAUCCCCUGAAGUGCGAAGAUCCUGUCUACAUAAAGGAGGAGCCCCUGCUUUCAGAUGAGGAGCCUGAGCAAUCGGGAAAUGAAGAGCAGGAGGAGAUACAGUCAGACGAGGAGAUACAACAAGAUGAGGAAAUACGGACAGAUGAAGAGAUACAGAAAGCUGAGGAAAUACAACAAGUUGAGGAGAUAGAGCCAGAUGAGGACAUACAAUAUGAUAAGGAUAUACAGCAAGAUGAGGAUAUGCAGUCAGAUGAGGAGCACUUAGAAGAUAAUGAUGAGGAGAUCGUCGAAGAUGAGGAAAUAGUUGAAGAUGACGAGAUACAGGGAGAUAUGGAGGAAUUACUACAAGACGAUGAGGAGUUAGAGGAUUAUGAGGAGGAGCUACUAGAAGAUGAGGAAACAAAUGAAAAUGGGGAGGAAAUACAGCAAGAUGAGGAGGAUUUAGAUUUCGAGGAGGAGAUGCUAGAAGAUGAAGAGUGGUCACUGGAUGGUGAUGAGGACUUAAACACCAAUGAAGUCAAAAUGUAUGAUUCAAGUACACUCCAAUCUCUAGUACCUGAACGACCAUCUAAAAGAAAGUUAAAAAAAUACACCUCUAAUUCCAAAUCGAAAGAGAACCCUCCUCCGGAGCCUGCGAAAGGAAAACGAAAAAGGAAGAAAAGCGCUACGAUUUAUGUAUGCGAUCACUGCGGCAAGCAAAUGAAUGACAAAGGCAACCUCGACACGCACGUCCUGCGACACACUGGCGUCCGGCCAUUCGAAUGUCCGGAAUGCGAUCACCGGGAGAUCAAUAGAUACACCCUAAACAUUCACAUUCGAGUAAAGCACCGCGGAGAGAAGCCCUACGCCUGCAAAUAUUGCGAUGAGAAAUUCGAGACCAGCAUCAAGCGAACUCGACAUACAAGGUAA